AUGGACUUCGGCAACUUAGGGAAGAAUAUCUCUUCCUUGAGUGCACAGAUCACUCCUUUUGCCUCCCGUACAUUUCAGUAUACGAAAGAGCAGCUGGGGCAGGCGGAGGAGAAGACACAGCUCCCCCCUGACUACAUUGACCUUGAAAAGCGGGUUGAUGCUCUCAAGACGGUCCACCAAAAGAUGCUUGCGGUGACUUCGCAAUAUUCGAACGAAGCAUAUGACUACCCUCCCAACAUCAAGGAGACAUUCCAGGACCUGGGACGCACUGUUAGCGAAAAAGUACACCUUCUCACCACGGCUAGCUCCCCAGCGGAGGCCCAAGCCGCCUUGACUGCCCUUCCAACGGCGAAGCCCCAACCAAAGACUUUCAGCCAUGCCAUGGCCCGCGCCAGUCUUGCGAGCAGCCAAGUACUCCACCAACAGCACACUGGUGUUGGCGAACAUCCUCUGGCAGCAGCACUCGAGAAGUACGCCUUGGCGCAGGAGCGCGUUGGCGAGGCGCGCUUGGCCCAGGACGCACAGAUUCAAACCCACUUCCUGAAUGCCUGGACCACUACCUUGAACACCAACCUCAUGUUUGCCAGCCGUGCCCGAAAGAAUGUCGAGAAAUCCCGCUUGAAUCUUGAUGCCGUGAAGGCUCGUGCCCAUGGAACUACGUGGCAGCUUGGGCACAGCUCAUCGCGAGCGGAAGAGCCUCAGUCCCACGAAUUAAGUUCCGAGGCUCAAGAGGAGGUUGAGAAAGCCGAAGAUGAGUUUGUCACACAAACGGAAGAGGCCGUGGCAAUCAUGAAGAAUGUCUUGGACACUCCCGAACCUUUACGGAACCUGGCCGACCUCAUCGCCGCUCAGAUCGAAUACCACAAGAAAUCAUACGAGAUCCUGAGCGAAUUGGCGCCUAUUGUAGAUGGGUUACAGGUAGAACAGGAAACCAGCUACCGUACGAAGCUUGACAGCACAUCCUAA